GAUGGCGGGACAUAUAAAAAUUAAAAGUGUCAAGAUUAAUGUUAUUAGAAAGCCAGGGUCGAUUGAUGAAGUUUGAACUGUUUCAGGUGAUGCAUCUGUAAUUGAACAUGAAGGCUCAGUGUUGCAUUUGUGCUGAGCAUUUUGUGAAUGAUGCUUCAGUAGCAAUAGCAGCUGUACAAUGUGGACACACUUUUCAUGAAGGAUGUCUCUCAACAUGGCUCAAGACGUCCUACACCUGUCCAAGCUGCCGCACUCGUGUGGAUCCUUCCCGGGUUAUAAAUCGCCUAUUCUUUGAUGGUGAUGAGAAUGAAAAUGAUGAUUCUGAUGUAGGACGUUUAAAAAAUAGCAUUCAAAAUCUACAAGCUGAAAAACGAACUGCUGAGCUCAAAUUGAAAGAACUAGAAAGUGACAAUGAAUCUUUAAAUAGAAAACUGAAGAGUGUGAAAAAAGAAAAAGAUGUUGCAGAGACAAAGUUUAUACAGGAGCAGUCAAAUAUUUCAAGCCUGAAGAAACAGCUGCAGUUUUUUCAAGUUCAGCAAAAAGCUAUUGAAAAAGAGAGGGAAACUUGUUCAAAAAUUAAACAAAAGUUUUCACAAUACCAGAAUAUUGAAAGGUUAUUAACAGCAUGUGAAGUUGAUAUCAAAGAGACCAUCCAGCAGUAUGGAGAAGCAAGUAAAGAAAGUGUUCAAAACCUAGCCACUUAUUGUAGCAUGUUAAAACGGGAAUAUGACAAAAUCAAAUCAGAAAAGAAAGCUGUGAAGUCUGAAUUUGAAAGGUUUAAAAGAGAAAAUAUGUCCAAGGAUCACAUACUAAGGGAGAAAGAAAAGGAGAUAUCUGUCCUAAAGGAGCAGCUUACUCAUUCUGAGGAGGAUCUGAAGAAAGUUGAAAAGGAGAAACAUUUAUUGAAGAGGAAGAUUCUCAAUUAUCGAAAGGCUGUUGAAAGUCCCAAUGGAGAAAAUGUGGCCAGUGUUAGCUUUGUGGACAAAAUGAUGAGUGAGAGUCCUUUGAAUGACAUCAAGAAUAAUGCCAACACUCCUGUCUUAUUCGAUGAGUCAAUGGACAAAAUGAAAGAGGUGGACCUGGAGGAAUAUUCCAAAAAAUCAGUGUCUCCAGAAAUCUUGAAAUCAUCAAGCACCCAGUCUUCCCAGAACAAGCGGCUGCAAAACUCAGAAACUGAAGUCAAAUACUUAAAGAUUGGAACAGCCAGUCAGAAUCCCAACAAAAGACAGAAAUGUGAAGAUCGAACAGAGAUACAAGGACUCAGUCAUUUCAACAUAUUCAAGAAAAAGUCUGGUGUAGGGGACUAUAGUUCUUGUAUCAGGAAAGGUUUCAAUGGAUUAGGUUGUGUGGAGACUUUCACAGAAUCCUCGGGCAGGCCUAAGCUCUCUGUUCCUAAGCGAUCGAUUAGCCGAGUCAGUAAGAACGGCAAAAUGCUGAAAGUACCAGCUCUGCCUACGCUUGAUAAUUUUGUAACACUAGACUAAAUAGUGCAGCUUCAUUAUGUUUAUACCUUUGUUUUUGUAUGUAUUAUCUCAGGAAUGCCUAAAUACAUGAAUAUGUUAUGUAAUCUUAAACACAAACAUUGUAAUUAUUGUCAGGACAGUCUUUUAUCAUGUUUAUUAUUGAAAGUGUUUUAAAACACUAAAGAUCUCUAAAUCCUGUUGAAGGGACACAGAUCUUUUCAUGUUAAGUUGCAGAAUAUGGUUCAUGUCUUUCAAACUUAAAAAAAAGAUAAUGAAAUAAUCAUUAAAAAUAAUCAUCAAAUACAAAGUACAUGUAUCUUAAUAUACAAAUAUUUCUUUGAGAAAUACAGGUCAGUGCUUAAGUAGGAGUAAAUGAAUUGGUCAUGAGAGUAAUGGGGGUGAGGAUACUGCUUAAACAUGUACAUGUAAUUCUAGAUAUUUAUAGACAUUCAUGUAUGGUACAUUUAGAUAUGAUAACACAUUUCAUUGCUGUUUACAAAACCAGGUCCAUGUAUUUUUGUACCUCUUUGAAAUUGUAGGUAUGCUUAGAAGAUAAGCCAUACAGAAUGUAGAUGUAUAUAAAUACAUGUAUAUAUGUAGCACGAUAAAGCCAUGAUUGUGUAUUUGUAUAUGUACAUAUCCUCUUUCCUUCAUUGUAAUUUAAUAAAGACAAAAUGAUCAUUCAUCAAAGUUAUUUCUGGAUCAUUUUAAUUGCUGUGGCCUGGAAAUUCAAUAAUUUUUUAUUCUACCGUAAAAAUUGAUUGCUAUUAGUAUUAAAGAAAUGGAUAGAACAGAAUCAUGGAUAUAAUGAUUUUUAGGAGACCCUGUAUAAUUUCUGAGCAAAUUAUAGUUAAGUUUUACUUUUAUAACUGGGAUAAACCUAUACCGGGUAAAUAUAUGAGGCAAAUUAAACCUAAUAAACAGUAUAGGUAAAUUAUAAUGAAAUAUACAUCUAUUAUAAUGCAUUGUUUUAUAGUUUGUUAAUAAAAAAUAAAAUAAUGUAAUACCAAUUAAUUUUAACAUUAUGUACAAUAUUUCCACAUAUUUGUAUAUCCAAUUCUUGAAAGUUUUGCGUAAUUUUAUUACUUUGAAGUUUAAAAUCAUGUUUCAUUGAACAGUUAUUUUCAAGAAGUCUAUGGUAAAGUUGAACUUUCUUUAAAUGGCGUGAUAUGAUCAUGAAUAUAAAAUAACUCAACAAUUUCAGCUCAUGUUUUGUAUGUUAUAUUUUAUUACGGUACAAAGAUGGACUUGAUUGACAGAAAGAGACAGAAAAGAUAUUUCAGAUAUCAAAUAAGAAAGGUAAUCGCUGUAAUAUUCUCUACAGUCACAACUCACAGUAAAAUGAUACAAAGGAUUUACAUAUAAAAGUAAACCCUGUUUUAGUAAACUGAUAACACUUUAAUAGGUACAUGUACAUAUACAUGUAAAUAGCAAAGCUUUUUUUUUUGUCUUAUUAAAGUACAUUUAUGUUAUUGGAUUCUUCAUAAUUUAGCCUAUGAUAACAUUACUAAGUUACACAUUCAGCAAAGCUUGAGACAUCUUUUUGCAAAUAUGCAAACCGAUAUCAAAAAUGCAUUUAUACAUGUCAUAACAGUAUUUGAGUAUAAUUUGAUAGUACACCUGAUUUUUAUAGUCAUUAAAUGCCCCAUGUGAUUCAAUCUUACAACAAAAAUGUUAUCUGACAGAUUUUAUGUUGUAAUAAUUAAAUAUAAAUUAAGCGGGAAAAAAAGUAAGUUGUGUGGAACAUAGACUCUUCUACAUUGAAAAAAAUCCCACAAAUCCAGAAUUAUAAAAAUUGUACAUAGAUAUUGAUUUUAAAAAUGAAUCUGACAUCUAAGUGUGUGUUAAAUUUCAAUAUUAAACUAUCAACAAAAUGUUGAAAGCUUCCAAAGUCAACCUAUUAAGAAUCUUUCCAAAAGUCAACGCAUUAAGAAUCUUUCCAAAAGUCCAUGCAUUAAGAAUAUUUAUUUAGUAAUAUUAGCCAGAUAUGUUCAGCUCUACUGCUGUACAUGGAUUGGGUAGAAUUAAAAGUAAAAGUAUGUAACAUCCAGCUCUCCAAUGAAAGGAAAGGUCACAACUUGUUCAUUUCUUCACACACCUCCAAAUGAACAUGCACUGUACAGCUUGAUUUAAAACAAAGUAGUCCUCUGAACAUAAAAAGCUGUAAAAGUCACAGUACAAAGAAACGUUUCUGACUGGAAAGUAAAAUUAUUUGGCACAUCUGACAUAGCUCUAGUCCCUCACUUCCUAGGGCGUCUUCUUAGUCGUUUCUGCACUGUGUCGUGUACAUUUUCUUCUGGAGUUGUGUG